AUGGGGAAAUUAGGCUUUAUGGUUCUCUUUGGCCUUCUCACCAUAACAACCCUACUUCUUCCACAUCAUGUAACACUAGGAUCCCGCCACCACAAUCACCAUCCAAAAGAUCAUCAUCAUGAUCAUCACCACUCAAAACACCACCACGGAGACCCUACAUCGCCGCGAAUCGAACCCCAUGGGACCCAUGCCAUUCUCACUUUCAAUGACUUUGGUCCCCAUGGGGACGGAGGCGGUCCAUCCGAGUGUGACAGUAGGUUCCACCCUUUGCCUCAAAAGGUGGUAGCUCUGUCUACCGGAUGGUACAACAACGGUGAGUAUUGCGGGAGAAUGAUCCGAAUCACUGCGAGGAACGGAAGGUCGGCGGUGGCAAGGGUGGUGGAUGAGUGUGACUCAACGCAUGGAUGUAAGCACAACAUUGUUGAUGCAUCAAAAACUGUGUGGCAUGAUUUGGGACUCAACACAGACAUUGGUGAAGUACCAGUUACUUGGACUCUUGCCUAG